AUGUCGGAGAAUGACAACAAAACAGUCGAGUCGGUUGAAGCCGCUCGCUGGUCCAAGCAUGUCGGACCCCCUCCGCCAGCGCCUCCGAGUGGAUCUCCUCGGCCCAAAAUGGAAUCCUCCACGAGCAACGCCAGAAUGGGAGUCUUCCACGACGCAUACCACAACAGGCAUGAACUCUUUCGGUUGGUCCUUGCCGAUAUUCCCCUCUUGGAGAUCUGA